AAAACCGUUCAAAACACAUGGAAAUAGAAACGCAAUUUUUUCUGUUAAAUAAUAAGCUAUAUGCAUCAUUCUGCAAAGUUAUCAGUUUAUAUGAAACUACUCGAAAACACCAGGUUCAAUUGUACGAAUCGUGAUUUUUUUUCAUAACCUAAAAUGUCGGAAACCUCACAUCCAUCUCGCGAUCCAAAAAAUCUCAGCGAACCAUUCGCAGUCAUCGAAUUUCUCGAGAAAAACGAAAAAGGGCUACCAUGCAUUGAUUUGGUGCCGAAAAAAUGGUUUAAUAGUGCAGAAGAAGACACCUGUAAAUUCCCACCGACAACUGAAUAUCAUCUACUUGACGACUACUUGGAAAAAUUGCACUCGCCCAAGGACUCUUGGCAAAGUUAUCCAUUUUGCUUCAUCACCGGAGCAGCUGAUUUGGAUCAGGGUCGCAGAAGAUUAAAAAAGGCCCAAGUAACUCUCAACUGUGAGACAACCGAUGGUGAAAAUGAUCGAAAGGGGGGGAGGUCCGAAACUUCCUCGAAAGCAAAAAUUUCAGCAAAACCCUUAACUGCAUCAAAGUCUCAACUAAACAACAUCUUUAGUACUAAAAUCCCGAUUCCACCUAGAAAUCAAACUCCAAAGUCUGGUAUACAAGCAAAACCAAAGACAAGAUUUCAAAGCAUUUACCAGAGUGGAUCUGACUCUGAAGACGAAAAUCAUGAUUGUCUUAUAGCUAAUCCUGAGGAGAUUCGAGCCUCAAAGGCUCAAAAUAAUUCUGGCUUUUUGCAAAUGUCGAGUAAAUCGCGAUCUGUACCAACAGGUGCAUGUUUAUCAUUUAAACAGCGGUCAAGGAAGAAUAUUACUUUGCUUAAAGACGUCGAAACUGAUGAAUCUGAGAGCAAUGAUUCCUCCGAUGGAAUUCUGCAGUCACCUACAAAAUCGAUGGACUCAGCGAGAAAUACAAGAAAAGAACUUCAUUUGACACCUCCUUCACCACUAGUCCAUAACGCUUCAGGUAACCGAAAAAGGCGUGCAUCGUCUACUACACGCGCUGAAGACGGAUUGAAUUCGAUUGUGAGCCCAGGAACUCCAAAAACUUCACGAUCAAUGAUGGUACCCCCUGCUAAGAUGCCAAAAAUGCUGGGACCACAAAACCAGUUGUCAUCUAGUCAUUAUGCUGAUAAUGAACGUCGAAUCCUGAACUCCCUUCGAGAUUACUUUGAUCAGCAAUUAGAUGAAAAGCUCGAAAAUUUAAGACGCAGGAUGGCUUACGAUUUAAAGCAGUCUAUGAAUGAGCUCAAGACCACAAUCAUUGGCACUAAUCUAGCCCCAGCUUCUGGUCCUAGCUUGCUUGAAAUACAGAAGCAGAUGUCUACGCCACUACUAUUUGAAAUGGAUGAUAAGUUCCAGGAAUACGAAGCGAUAUUGACAACGGACCCAAAUCUCGUAGAAACACUGCGAUUAUUCAUGAGAGUUUUGAUAAGCAAUAAAAAAGAGAUGAAAAUAUGUGUUUCCACUAUCCUAUCUGCGGUUCUGAGGAAGACAGUGUCACUGCACUAUUCUGGUUACGGAAAGGAAGCUGGCGGAAAGAAAAAGAAAAAUUUUUAUAACACUACAGUAUGCAAAGUACUGAUUGAUGUGAUAAUUGAGGUAAUAGGAUCCAGCACUGAUGAGAAGAAGAUAAUGUCAGAAGUAAGUACUUGGUUGUCACGUUCUGGCGAUCGAGAGGGUGGGCGUAAGGAACGACAACGCGGGUCAAGUCAUCAUAACGAGAAUAAUUCAGUUUGUUCCUUUGAUACCAAUCGAUAAUACUUCAUUUUUCCGGGAUAAAUGGAAUUGUAAAAUCACUGUGUUAAUAUGACUCCAUUAGUUCAUUUUCGUAAUUGUAUUAGUUGUGAUAUUCUUGAUAAAAGGUACGAUUAAUAGGAAAAGUUUAUAUUAUCAAUAUAUUUUUAUCGCGAGGCGUUUCAUUGGGCAGAAUAUAUAUUAAUAUAUGAAUAUUGUUUAGUAUUCGGCUGUCAUUGAAGUAUUAAUUAUAUUUAUUAUAUUUCUCCUGGCGAGGUCGGAAAUCCAGAAGAUGGAAAUAACAAUUGGAAAAUGUGAUGUAUCUUAGCAUAAUAAAGUAUUUUCUAUGUCAUUUCCUCAUAAGUUAGAUCACGGGAAUAAAUAUCCGUUGUUGGUUCAGGGAUUAAAUAUUAUGUCCAAAAGUUUAAAGGGAAAAAUAAUAAGUGGAUUUUUAAUUUUUAAGAAAAAUUCUAAUGAAAGUAAUUUCAGCCAUUGAGAGCUGUUUUCAGUAUUUGGUGAUUCAAGUCAAAUAAUAUUUAUAAGGUUGAAGUUUCACAAUCGGACUGCGUCCAUAUUCCCCAAAGAUUUCAAAUUUAAGGGUUGAAAUUAAUUAGUUAUAUGUAAUCCUAUCCAAGACUUUUUUAUAUUUCUAAGUUUGUUUGAAAGAGUGAAUAUAAUAAGCAAUAUUAUAUAGAACUAGCACACAAUCAAUGCAACUAAAUAUCAUUCUGUGUUCCGGAGUUGCAGAUGGAGAAGACAUUAUUGUAAAAAAAGGACGUCUUUCCGAGAUGAAAAAAUAAUUCUUAUCAGGAUAAUUCGUAUCAGCAAUUGUCUAUGGAUAUAAGAAUUAAUUCUUAUCAUCCAUAGCGGAAUAAAUUAUCCAUAAUAUUGCUAUUAUAAUGACUGUUUUCAUGCUUGAAUUGAAGCACGAUAAUUUAUCAAUUCUAAACUACUAAUUUAAAAAAUAACAUUGGUGCGUUAUUUUGUUGGAUAUUUUGUUAAUACAAUCUUCGAAUUCUGAAGACUGACUGCUAAUAUUAUUAGAUUGUAAGAGAGAGUUUAUUAAGACUUAAUAUGGUAUGUCGUAUUAAAUUUCGGAUUCAAAUGAUCUACGUAGAUUAUUUAUUUUAAAAGCGGAUGAAAAUAAUCCACAAAAGAUUUUUCUACAAUUUAUACCUGCAAUCAUUUUUUUGAGUUUUCAUAUUCUGUUCGCGGAAAAAUCUCAUAGUUGUGAUUAUCUUUCAUGAAAAUUGGAGAUACAAACACUGCAUAUCUUUAACUGUUCAACCAAAAUCGGAUGAAAACAUGUACUAUGUCGAUAGGAGGAAAAAAGUUUUUGAUUGGCUGAGUUUUUUUGUCAAUAGAUUUAAUAAAUUUAAAUAUAAGUUUUGUCACAUAAUAAAACUGUUUUCUGUAUAAUGUUGAAGGUAAUAAAUACAUGUCUGCUUAUCAGAUAUACCGUUCAUAUAUUUAUUGGUGAUUCUGAACCCAAUACAGGCAACGGUUGGAGCCUGGCCACAGCUCUGGUCGUAAAUCUGGGCCAAUUUCGGGCCGAAUGGUCAGCCCAGAAUGCGGCCAAAGUUCGGCAAUAGGUCUGGGCCAAUUUCGGGCCGAAUGGUAAGCCCAGAGUGCGGCCAAAGUUCGGCAACAGGCCUGGGCCAAUUUCGGGCCGAAUGGUAAGCCCAGAGUGCGGCCAAAGUACGGCGACCGAAGUCUGGCCAAAGUUCGGUCCCAGGCCUGGCCCCGUGUUAUCAUCCCAGGGUCUAGCCAAGUUCGGCGCGAGUUUGGCUGGAGCCCGGGUGCCGAGCUACGG